UGUAAAGAUUAUCGUCUGCAUUAUUCAUGGCCAUUUACGAUCACUUGGUGUUACAGAGUAGAGGUAGGGCGAGUUUGGAAGGCGUAAAUAUAGCAAGUUUUGGACUGGGAGUUAAGAAAAGAUGAAUUCUGAAAAACUCGUGAAUACAAAACGAAGGAAGCAUAGUGGCUCUCAAAUCAGUCUUGGCAUUGACCAUCCUAUAGAGAUGGUGUCGAGACCAACAUCAACUUAUUCGCGAACGGCUUGGGAGGAAAAUGACGUUACAGAUGAUGUGGAUUUUUCUCCGCGAACUGCAGCAACGACAGUUGAUGUCUCCCCAACUGGAAUGGAAGCAGAGCCUGUCGCACAUCAAAAGCAAGUGCCUACAGAUGUUCGUGCUGGACUACAACGUCGUCAUGUGCCUGUAGGAUUUUGGACACGGCUUAAAAGAAUCGUACGCAGUCUCUGGCGAACAAGACAGACCGAAGAUGUAAACAGUGAUCGCGAGAUGCAUGUAAAAACCACUCUUCGUGAACUGAUCAUUUACAUUUUCUUCAUUGUAGUUUUGUGCAUAUUGACGUUCGGCAUGACCAGCUCAACGAUGUACUACUUCACCAAAGUAAUGAAAGAUCUUUUCGUUGAAACAACAAUGGAGAAUCGAAAUACCUUCAAGGAUAUCACCACUAUGAAUGAAUUCUUCAUGUAUGCACUGGGUCCUCUAUCGAAUGGAUUAUUUUGGGAAAAAUUUUAUAACAACAAGAGUGUCAAGAUGUCGUCGAACGAACUCGGAUACAUUUAUUUUGAAAAUAAGAUUUUAGGAAGACCCAGACUCAGACAGCUUAGAGUAAAGAGCGAUUCCUGUGUUGUACAUGAUGACUUCAAAAAUGUCAUUAAGGAAUGUUAUGCACCAUAUUCCCCUGGAGUUGAAGAUAAAGCACCAUUUGGCAAGAUGAAUGGUUCGGCUUGGACAUACAAAUCCGAAGAUGCUCUCGAAGGUCGAAGUUUCUGGGGUCAGUUGGCGACAUACAAAGGAGGUGGAUUUGUCCAACUACUUAAUGCGACAGAAGAGGAAAGUCAAAUCAUCAUUGAAGAACUCAAAGAAAACCUAUGGUUAAAUCGCGGAACCCGCGCCGUAUUCAUCGAUUUCUCCGUUUACAAUGCAAAUAUCAAUCUAUUCUGUAUUGUGAGAUUGUUAUUUGAAUACCCUGCAACAGGAGGAUGUAUUCCGAGCUUCACAUUCAGGACGUUGAAACUGCUUCGUUACGUAACUGGUUUUGAUCAUUUUGUAAUGGCGUGUGAAGGCAUCUUUGCUCUAUUCCUUAUUUACUAUACUGUUGAAGAGAUUAUCGAAAUCAAGAAACAUAAAUUUAAAUACUUCAAAAGUUUCUGGAAUGUUCUUGAUAUUGUUGUGCUUUUGCUCAGCUACACUGCCGUGGCAUUUCACAUUUACCGAACUGUUGUUGUUGGAAAUCUCCUUAAAGGACUGUUGGACAAUCCAAAUCAGUAUGCAAACUUUGACAGCAUUAGCUACUGGCAAACACAGUUCAACAACAUUGUUGCUAUUGCUGUUUUCUUCUCUUGGAUCAAGGUGUUUAAAUACAUAAGCUUCAACAAAACAAUGACACAGCUUUCAUCAACUUUGGCCAGGUGCGCCAAAGAUGUCGCUGGUUUUGCUGUUAUGUUCUUCAUCAUAUUUUUUGCGUAUGCUCAAUUGGGAUACUUGAUUUUCGGAACGCAAGUGCGCGACUUCAGCACAUUUGGCAAAAGCAUAUUUACUCUGUUCCGUAUCAUUCUCGGCGACUUCGAUUUUCAUCAAAUUGAGAACGCUAAUCGCAUCCUCGGACCAAUUUUUUUCAUCACCUACGUCUUCUUCGUUUUCUUUGUCCUUCUUAACAUGUUCCUUGCCAUCAUCAAUGAUACUUACGCUGAAGUGAAGUCGGAUAUUGCCCUACAAAAGAGUGAAUUUGAACUGGGUGAUUACUUCAAAAAGGGUUAUCACAAAGUUGUGGAUAAACUUUCAGUGAAGAAAGAAAAAAUAGCUGAUAUUCAAAAAGCCUUGGCAAAUGCUGAUGUAAACCAUGACACCAGGCUUGAUUUUGACGAAUGGAGAAGUGAAUUGAAAUCUCGUGGUCAUGCUGAUGCAGAAAUUGAAGCUGUUUUUGCGAAAUAUGAUGUGGAUGGUGAUCGCAUCUUAGAUGAAAAGGAAUGUAAAAAAAUGCAGGAAGAUUUGGAAGGACAACAGGUCGAACUCAGUGAUGAGAUUGAAGAGAUGGAGCGAGCUAAACAAGAAGGCAGACCUGGUACAGCUGUCACUCGUGUAAGCUUCCGUGACAGUGAUGUCGACAGUGAUGACGAAGGAGCACUGAGAGGACGAUCUGAUUCACCUUCGUUACAACAUCGAAAUGGUGGAGUAAGCGACGGUGUAUCCUAUGACGAGUUCACUGUACUGAGUCGACGUGUUGAUCGAAUGGAACAUUCAAUUGGAAGUAUUGUGUCAAAGAUUGAUGCCGUGCUUGUAAAACUGGAGGCUAUGGAAAAAGCCAAGCUAAAACGGCGAGAAACCAUGGCAAGACUGCUGGAUAACAUUACUGAAGGUGCAAAUACAAAAUCUCAGGAAGAUCUUAAGCGAGACCAGAUGGAAAGACUCGUUCGCGAAGAGCUGGAUCACUACGGCAGCAAUGCCAGCCUGCAGUCAGUUGAAACAGACUCUCAAUCUUUUGCUUCGCCAUCACCUAUUGAAUCACGUGCUCCUACUGCAAAAUCCAUCUACAGUCAUGGGGCUAAAAGUGCGACAUCACGUGGCCGUAAGACAGUCACAGAAAGUAAUGCAAGUCUUCGAAUGGAAAUGAAUGAAGGCAUUGAAGCACCAGUCAGCGAAGACAGUAAAGUGUGAUAUCUCUUGCUUCCUCGAUUUCCUUCUUUAUCGAAAUAUCAUAGUAUCAACUAGAAAAAAAUUUUAUAUAAUGCACCAUCAUUUCUGGUGGAGUAUUUAAUGUUUAUAAAUUGCUCUUGCAUAGAAGGACCAUUCUGCAUUCAUCAUUCUUAGUUCAUUUCGCUGAUUUUGAGUGCUUCUUUGAAAUGCAUUUUCUUAGAACGCUUCUUUGUUGGUAUUUAUCUUUAUACACUCCAUCAUAUGAUUUUAGAAAUUACAUUGAAGGAGUUCCCUAACGUCAUAAUGUAUGUUCAUAUAAUGAAAUAUGUAAAUUGUUUGAUGUAAAUCGUGUAGAUAUUAAAAAUGAGUAAUAAUGGCUGUAUUUACUGUUAUAUCUCUA